AUAUUUUAGGCGGGAAUUUUGACAAGAAACGUCUGCAGACUAAAGUUCUCGCAAUAUUUCAAAGAACCAAGCUGAUUUACUACAAGAUCACAGACCAAGAGCUGCACUCACUACAGAAUUCAAGAUCUAGUCAUAGUGCAUCAUCACAAUGGCUGUAUUCAAAGGUUUGAGCAUCCCUAGUAUUGACAUCAGCGAGAUUGACUUCACAAAGUCAUCAGAUGACAUCACAAUAGAGGAAUAUUUCACCAAGGAGGAGCUUUCCAAUAUUUCUGCUUAUGAAAGAUUUAGGUUCAGAAAUAUUAAGCAGAACUAUCUUAUGAUGAUGAAAAUAGGUAUACCCAUUAUCAAACCUGAUUUUAUGAAGAACAAGCGUGGAAGAAAGAGACCUCCUCCACCUCCCUCUGACAGUAGUUCUGAUGAAGAGUGGCUCCCAUCUAAAGAGAGACAGAGAGACAGACCAAAGAGAGCCAUCAAGCCAUAUAGACCAUUUAUUGCUCCUUUCAAAGUGCCACAGAAGCGUCAACAAAAAGUGCCAACUGCAGAGAAUGGUGCCAUUCAGAAAAAGAAAGCCAAACCUUCAGCAACAAUCACAACUGCUACCAUAGCAACCAAAGAUAAUACAACAAAAGCCAGUGCCACCAAAUCCACCAAGCCAGAAAAGCCAUCUCAACCAGUAAAGCCAAAGAAAUCCUCACCCCCUCUUGUAUUAGACUUUCUAGGAUAUGAUGAUGUCGAGAUCAAGAAAUGGAGGAAAGUCUGUAUGCUAAAGACCAAUAAGAUUAAAGCUGAGAUAGAACUGCUGGAAAAUGAUAAGGACCAGGCUUUGUUGGAAUUGGUUGAAAUGGAGCUGCAGAAGGAGGAAGAAGCAGAGUUGGCCAAGCGAGAGAGGGAAGCACCCAGGUACCCCAAAAGAAACAUUGAAAGGACUAACUAUAAGCUCCUUGAGGUGCCAGAUGAUGAUGAAUUUUUAUUUUGUGAGGACUGUAACUUGGAGCAUAAAGGAGAUUGCCCAAUACAUGGUCCCCUGAUCAUAGUGGAAGACAGAAAGGUUGAAGGUGGAAAAUUCAGAGCUGAGCUGACAGCUCCAUAUGACUUAGUUGUUAGGUUAUCUAAGAUACCUGGGGCUGGGCAUGGUGUGUGGACCACGGCUGAGAUUCCCAAGGGGGUCAGGUUUGGCCCAUAUGCAGGCAAAAUUGUAGAGAUUCACAGGGAACAUGAUGCGCAUGAAAGUGGCUAUGCUUGGAUGAUUUAUAAAAAUGAGAAACCAAGCCACUUUAUUGAUGCUGGUGAUGUUGGACAGGCCAACUGGAUGCGUUAUGUCAACUGCGCCAGAUUUGAAGGAGAACAGAAUGUUACAGCCUUCCAGUACUUGGGUCAGAUUUAUUACAGAACAUUCAGACCUAUACCCCCAAAUACUGAAGUACUGGUUUGGUAUGGAGAAUCCUAUGCAGAAGAACUUGGAAUAGAUGUGCUAAAGUUCCGCAAUAAUACAACAUUUGCUAAUGGAGUUAGGAAUGUGAAUGUGGAAAAACCUAAGUACAAAUGUAUGACUUUGGCUGAGAUGAUUAGACUGAAUAUGGCAGAAGUGAUAAAAAUCAAGUGCCCUCUAUGCAGUAAACAGUUCUUUAAUGAGGCUAAGAUGGAGGAGCACAAGAGAAAACACAGAAUAACUGGAUCAGACUUCAAUCCACCUGAUCCUAGGACUCAGAAUACAACAGAUGAUACUCUCCAUACUUCAAAAACUACACAUGGUGAAUUUGAUGUUGAAGGAAUGUUUAAAUGUGAUAAGUGUGACAAAUGUUUUACAAAGAAAUGUAUUCUUCUGAACAUGAUGGCAGAACAACGAGAUCCAGAAAUUCCAGAUGGACCAGAGCAUGACCUAUCUGAAGAACACAUGACGUUUGUCGCACGGCGUGAUAUAGCCUGUGGAAACUUGUCAAGCGUACAGCAAAGCGUUUCAAUCCUUGAUUAA